AUGGGCGGCGUCGUUCAGAGGACCGGCCAGCUGCCGGAAGACCAGUCUCCCCUGGACCAGCCUCCGGAGCCUGCGCCGUGGGGUACCCGGGGGCACUUCGGAGCGCAGCAGAGCCAGGACGGGCCAGGCAAGGCAGAGCCCUGGCUCCUGGCUGUGAAGUCCAGGAGGCCCGAGCUGGCUCAACGGCGACCCGACGUGCGAUGGGUCGGAGAGUCCCGUGCCAAGAACCCAGAGGCGAGGAAGGGGCUCCCGCGCGCACGCAUGCCGUCGUACCCGCAGUCCAGGGACCUGUCCGGAUUCCAGCAGCUGUCGGCGCCUCCGGGCGGCAGAAGUCCCCUCUCCGCCGCGGGGGCCCCGGCCCACCAGCUGCGGCACGCUGGCGCAGACGUCAGCGCCGGGACGGUGCAGGCUGCCGACGCCCCGCCAGCGCACUACCUGCAGCCCGCUGGUGCGGACGGCGGCGCUGGGGCGCGGGCCCCAGCAACUGCUUGGCGCUAG